GGCUCCAUAAAAAUUUUUACUUAUGUUGUUUGUUGCAAUACUUGAGGCAGCACACAACCAUAGUCAAAAAUGGCCGCUCCAAUGCUUGCUCCCCUGAGGCAGCGCUCCAGCAAGCUGGCAUGCUUGCUGUCUUCGAAGCGCUUCUUCUCUGCCCAGCCUCAGAAUGACCAGUUCCUUGCGGGCAAGGCCCUUUCUGGACGCGAGGAGGAGCAGGAGUCGCAGUCCCCAGCCCAGACGCGUGCGACCAUUGAGCAGACCCUGCAGUCUCGCACGUUCGCCCCGUUCGGUCUGACCUCUGCUGCCAAGCCCUCCACGUCUCCUUUCGACAUGCAGACCCGUCAAUUCAGCGCCCCCGUUCCCGCUGCUGCCAAGGAGGCCGCGCCCCCAGCCCCCGUCAACACCAAGGUGGAGAUUGUUAGCGCGCCCCCGGCCACCCUGAAUCCCGCCCAGGUCUACGAUGCCAUUGUUAACAUCGGCGCUUACAAGGUCGAUGCCCCCGCUUGGAAGACCUUCAUCCUGGGCUGCGCGGCCGGCUUCUACGUCUCCUUCGGCGGUACCUUCGCUUGCCAGGUGGCCGGCCAGAUCCCAGCCAUCGCCGCCGCCAACCCCGGCGUGCAGAAGCUCAUGUUUGCCGGUGUCUUCCCUCUGGGUCUGCUGCUGGUGAUGAUGUGCGGUUCUGAGCUCUUCACCGGCAACACCGCCUAUAUGACGGCCGCCAUCUACGAGGGCAAGGCCAAGAUCAACCACCUGAUUAAGAACUGGACUCUGUCGUACGCCGGCAACCUGGCGGGCAGUCUGUUUGUGGUGGCGCUGCUGUCGGCUAGCGGCGUGCUGGCGUACAACGCCAUGCCCGCCACCCUGGCGACGUUCAAGUGCGGCCUGCCGCUCAUGGAGGCCUUCACCCGUGGCAUUAUCUGCAACUGGAUGGUGUGCGCCGCCGUGUGGGUUGCCAUGUGCUCCAACACCCUCGCCGGCCGCAUCAUGGGCAUGUGGCCCCCGAUUAUGGGUUUCAUCCUCAUGGGUGGUGAGCACUCGGUGGCCAACAUGUUCUUCAUCCCCAUGGGCAUGGCCCUGGGCGCCCCCAUCACUUGGGACCAGUUUGUGUUCAACAACCUGCUGCCCGUGACUGCCGGCAACAUUGUGGGCGGUGCGUUCUUCAUGGCGACCACCUACUCGAUGGCGUUCGGCGGUCUGGGCAAGAAGUUCCAGAAGAAGAUUGACGCAGUGACCAAGGCGGCGGCCGCGCAGCAGAUUGAGAAGAAGUAAGGGGUCGAAGGGAAGGAGUGGAUGAAGGGCAUGUGUUGCCCAUGUGAUGGGGAUGGAGUGCUUUCUGCGUGUGCACAAACCCACAUACAUAAAGGCGCAUGUGGAAGUGCUCUUCUCCUUUUAAUGUUGCGACCGCGGUUCCACCUUGUGUCGCGCUUUUUUGGUGUGUUCAUGAAACAGAGCCUUGCGGCUUGGUCGGCUGUGUGUUUGCUAACUGGAACCUGCGACCUAACAGUUGUCCACUACUCCCAGCGAGCAUCAAACCUGCUCAGUUGCACUCUACAGGCUGUGCUCAUGUGAUCAUGCCUCCGGCUUAUUUCGUAUGUAUGCGUUCGUUGCGUGUGCCAUAUGUUGCAAUUGUGUUCAUUGAUCCGAAUUAGUGAUCGGAUUCAGGGAUUCAGUGAUUUGCAUGCUUUGGGAUGGCGGUGGUUUGGUUUCUUCCGCUCGCUAUGUAUUCGCGGUUAUGUGUAGCUUUACCGGAUGUCGAGGUAACUCGGAGGCAAUGCCAGUAUAGUGGCUGCAUUGCCAUGUUGACAGCUUCCAUUUUACCUGUCUAACUACCACCUGAGCAUGCUGGUGUUUUACAGGCCUUGACAUACCCUGGCCAUGCAAAUGUCUCGCGUUAAACCGUUGCUCGUUUGCAAGUCGUUCAAAAAGGGUGAAGGCUGUCGGCUCUCGGCAUACGGUCUCAGGAAAACCAUUCGAAUGUGUUUUGACCUCAAGUGAGCUCGUGAAUCCUGGCUGAACUCGUCAGGAGAGCGGUCUUGGCCACUGGCGGCUAUAGCCAUGUGGUCAAACAUUGUCGUAGCUGUGACGAUAUAGAUGAUAUUCUAGAUGUCUUUCUAGUGCCAACCCUUGGCGGCUGUAUAACGAGGUUAUAACAUCUCGCCUGCCUUGGGAGGACGGAGGAUGAUGUCUGCCCACUUGAGAAGGGGGCGUUUAUCGGCCAAGGGCACACGCGCCAUGUGUUUUGCCUUGUGAAGGCGAACUAUGGAAUGUAAAAUGUCCCGGUUGUUAC